AUUCCUUCCCGCCAAAUUAAAGCUCGCUCUCCCAUUCGCCACUGCAACUGUUCGAGUUCUCUCUCCAGUCUCCAUAGCCAGAAUCUCACAGCAUCUUCAAACCCUAACCUUUCCACCAUGUUAGAGCUGAGGCUGGUGCAGGGGAGCCUCCUGAAGAAGCUCCUGGAGGCGAUCAAGGACCUGGUCACCGACGCCAACUUCGACUGCUCCGCCACGGGCUUCUCCCUCCAGGCCAUGGACUCCAGCCACGUCGCUCUUGUGUCCCUUCUCCUCCGCUCCGAGGCCUUCGAGCACUACCGUUGCGACCGCAACAUCUCCAUGGGGCUGAACCUCUCCAACAUGGCCAAGGUGCUCCGGUGCUCUGGCCCUGACGACAUUAUCACCCUCAAGGCCGACGACGGCGGCGACUCCCUCACCUUCAUGUUCGAGAGCCCUAAUCAGGACAAGAUCGCCGAUUUUGAAAUGAAGCUGAUGGACAUCGACAGCGAGCAUCUCGGGAUACCGGACACGGAAUAUCAAGCUAUCGUGAGGAUGCCUUCUGCUGAGUUUGCCAGGAUCUGCAAGGACCUUAGCGGCAUCGGCGACACUAUUGCAAUAUCAGUGACAAAGGAGGGUGUGAAGUUCUCGACCAGAGGCGACAUCGGCAGUGCCAACAUUGUUUGCAGGCAGAACACUUCAGUCGAUAAGCCUGAAGAUGCUACUAUCAUAGAAAUGGAGGAGCCCGUCACUCUGACCUUCGCUCUUAGGUACAUAAACUCAUUUACAAAGGCCACUCCCCUGUCAAACCAAGUGACCCUCAGCCUGUCCUCGGACUUACCGGUGGUUGUGGAGUACAAGAUUGCAGAGAUGGGCUACAUAAGGUUCUAUUUGGCUCCGAAGAUAGAUGAAGAAGAGCUGGAGAAUAUGGCCACCUCCGAGGCAAGGCCCAAUGUGGAGACCAGACCGAAGGCGGGGCCUAAGCCUAAGUCAGAAACUGAAACUAAGCCUAAAAAGGAGGCAAAGCCUGAGACUGAAGUCAUCCCAGUCGAGGAAGCCAAUUCUCCUGAGGAAGUGAAGCCCAAGGAGGAAGCUCAAACCGUAGUCGAAGUAAUGGAUGCAGAGUAGUUGCGGUACAAAUUAGAUCGCUGGAAUCGCUUCUUACUUUCCUUUCUAACCUUUUUGCACUUUCCUCUUUCAGUAGAGGUGAAGUGAUUUUGUGAUUAAAGGGUUGAAUAGCUUCUGACUGGCGAUUGGGAUAGUAUUCGGAUUCUAUUUCGUCGUGACAUACCAAACUUUAUGAUGUAAAUCUUUUGGUUUCUCUCGCGAAACAUUUCGGCAUUUCUGCAUUCUCCAA